AAUCAGUUCAAAGUCAACAUUGCGCAGGAACUAACGAAGCUUUGCAUAGAGCUAUCAACUGCUGACUGGAAAUUUUAUUGAUUAAGCUCAGCCUAGCCAGCAACUAGACGCAAUCAGACACAAUUAUCGCCAGUCUGAGGUUAUCCACGAUGCUGUGCUCUCUUUCCGGCGAAGCUCCUCAAGAGCCUGUCGUUUCUAAAUUAUCAGGCGCUGUAUUUGAGAAGCGACUUAUCGAAAAGUAUAUCGAAGAGAAUGGAAAAGAUCCUGUGAGCGGCGAGGACUUAACCCUCGACGACCUUUUACCUAUCAAAUCUUCACGCGUCGUGCGACCCCGACCGCCUACUCUCACUUCCAUACCAGCCCUCCUAUCUACCUUCCAAAAUGAAUGGGACGCGCUGGCGCUAGAGACCUACAAUAUUAGAGAACAGUUGGCGCGAACGAGGGAGGAACUUGCGACGGCCCUCUAUCAACAUGAUGCAGCCGUCCGCGUUAUUGCAAGAUUGACCAAAGAACGGGACGAGGCCCGGGAUGCGCUGUCUAAGGUGACCGUUUCGGCGGGCGGCGCAAACAACGGCGAUGCUAUGGCGGUCGACGCUGAAGCUCUACCUGAGGAGCUAGCGGCCAAGGUGGAUGAGACACAAGCAAAACUAUCUAAGAGCCGAAAGAAGCGACCCGUUCCGGAGGAUUGGGCAACAGCAGAGGAUAUUGCUACGUUCGCAGUCGAAACCACGAACUCCCUUCCCGUCCCCCAAGCUACAACGGUUAGUGUCGAGGCUGCCUAUGCCGCCGUGGGCGGAUUGCAGGGUGACGUUGCCAUCUACUCGAUUGAUUCGGAUAAUGUCGAGCGUUCAUUACAAGUUAACGAACCCGUGACGGAUUCGAUAUGGGACGGCUCUAGAAUCUUUUUCUCGACUUCUAAGGGUUCCGUGAAGGUAUUGGAGAAUGGCAGCGAGAUCGCGUCAUUCUCCGAUCACGCCGGCCCAGCUACCGGUCUUUGCAUCCACCCGAGCAAGGAAAUAUUGGCAUCUGUCGGCUCCGACAAGAGUUUCGUAUUUUAUGAUCUAGCCAAUUUGCGUCGCGCCACGCGUGUGUACACCAAUGCCACUUUAACAGCUUGCGCUUUCCAUCCCGAUGGCCAUCUCUUUGCUGCCGGUACCAAUUCUGGCGAGAUCAAGCUAUUCAUGACCAAGACCGGAGAGGAAGCAGCCUCGUUCCACUUGGGGGCUCCUGUGCAAGUCAUUACCUUCUCCGAAAACGGCUUCUGGUUUGCAGCUACAGCAAAGGGACAGACUACGGUUACUAUAUUUGAUCUGCGCAAGGAGGGGGAAGCUGCACAGGUCAAGGUGUUGGAUAUCGGCAGCGCAGUACAGGCCCUCGCAUGGGAUUAUUCGCAGCAGUUUCUCGCAACAGCUGGACCCGCCGGAGUUACAGUACAGCAGUACAGCAAAAGCUCUAAGUCCUGGUCAGAACCCUUACGAGCAGCAGUCAGUGCAGUCAGCGUCAAGUGGACUGCAAAUGCAAAGAAGCUUGUGGCUGUUAAUGGAGACGGAGUGAUUAGUGUUCUUGCCGCUAAGGAGUCGUGAUAUGGGCUGAUGACCCUCGUCCAAAGAUAAUACGAACAAAUAGGAGGAGAGAUCCGGGCUAGGUGAUAUAAAUCAAUCAAAUGAGGCUAAUAUAAAAGGCAUAGCUAAGGAGAGAACAAUUCUGGUUCCUCUAGCAUUAUAUAAUGCAUACCUGUAGAUACCUUCAUUCUUUAAUAAUAUACUCUAAGUAAUAUGUAUGCCCGAUAAUCGAGGUAUGUAGAUAUCG